UCCACUGUUUGGCUUUGCUGUUAUUGUGACUGCUAUCCACUGCUAGCAAACAUCUACAGGUACGAGACACAAAAAGAAACAACCAACAAGAUUUUCACGAAACCACCGAGUUAUUUAAAGAACCAUCGACAUCCAAAGAGUCUUUAAUCCUGCUGCCAUGGAACAAACUGGAUGCAGAGCUGGUUUUGCCACUUUCCUCAGAGGGAACAAUGAGGAAAGUACACAGGAGUUGACAGGAUUAACUAAUUUCUCCAGACAGAAGAGAAAGGCUCCUCCCGUUUCACAAAAACCAAAGGCCUCACUUGAUUUUGAGGAAAAGAUAAACCUCCCGAAGAAGCAAGAACAUCAAGAGGAGGCCAACCAAAGCAGCGAACAGGACAAGGAAAUCCUUAGACUCAGGAUCAGGAGUCUGACUGAGAGUCUCGUUGCAGAGCUGAAAGAGUACAAACUACAGAACGAAAGACUCCAGAAGGAGAAUCAAGAGCUCCAGAGGUACACGGAGGCUCUGGAGAAAAAGCUGAAGGAGCGAGAGGAUCAAGACCUGAAGGUCCAUCAGGAGGUGGAGGAGCAGAACACAUCCCUGCUGAAGUUGGUGAACUCCAUGAACAUGACCACCAAAACACUGAGGGCCGAAAAGGACCAGGUGAACAAACUCUGUAGCAGCUACAAAAAGAAAAAUAAAGAGCUGAAGGAGCAGCUGAAGGAAAGAGCAGCUGAGCACAAAGAGCUGGAAGAAGCUCUGAAGGAAGAGAGAAGAAGCAACGGCGAGUCCAAACAGCUCAAGGACGAGGAAACUGUCAGGCUGAAGAGUCUCUCUACAACACUCAAAGAAACCAAACAGCAGCUGAGCAACAAAGAAGCUCAAAUCCAGGAAAUAACACAACAAAAGGAAGAGCUGGAAGAGAAGGAGAAGGUGAUGGAGGAGAAGAUCCAAGAGCUGCAGCAGGAGAAGACCAAAGCAGAGCAGAAACAUCAGAAACCGCAGCAGGAGAAGACAGAAGCAGAGCAGAAACAUCAGAGCCUGCAGCAGGAGAAGACUGAAGCAGAGCAGAAACAUCAGAAACUGCAGUAGAAGACCGAAGCAGAGCAGAAACAUCAGAACCUGCAGCAGGAAAAGACCGAAGCAGAGCAGAAACAUCAGAAACUACAGCAGGAGAAGACCGAAGUAGAGCAAAAACAUCAGAAGCUGCAGCAGGAGAAGACAGAAGAAAACCAAAGAAGAAAAAAGAGAAGCUUUCUAAGCUGGAUAAGGAAUCAGAGACAGACGGAUGAGGAGAGAAGAGGCACAGAAAGAGCAGAAAAAGAGGGAAAAGGAAAAGAAGAAAGAAAAAGAGGAAAGAAGACUUGUUAGAAAAGUAGCCUCUAGACCUCACCAAGGAAGGACCUCCAUCCUGGGCCUGAUUCUGUCGAGUGUCUGACUCCAUGGGACUCUGGUCAACAUGGAGUCACCACCCUGUGGACCAACAUGUGUCCUCGGGGAGGUUCUGGACAAGGAAUCCAUAUGGAUCAUGUUCUAACCUCUUGGCCCAUCAUGGGGGCAACCUAAGAACCUGUUGGACACUAGCGGUGAAGGAGGUCAUCAGGAUGGAGAUGGAGGCAGGUACCAGGAGGCCAGAAGGACUACAGGUGUGGAAGCAUUUGAGGAGUUUAGAGAAACUCUGGAGAAAGACUUUGGACUCAUUCGAGCGAAUGACUUCAACUAUCUGGGGAUUUUGGAAAAUGUGUUCACAAUGACUUGAGGUUUGUCCAAAAUCACUCAAAAUGUGUCCAAAGCUAUGGAAUAAAAACAGAAAACAAAAACCAAACCUUGCUCAAAAUAACUCAGCUUUGU